AUGACAUAAAUAUAUGAAAAUAAAGAUCCAUUAAUAGACAAAAGAGAUGAAAAAUAUAUUCAAUUAAAAUCACCCACUUAUUUUUAUGAAAUAUUCAAAAAGAAAAAUCAUAAGUCUAACGAAAUAAUACCAAAUACAAUAAUAUAUGAAUCAAGUAAUCCUUCUAUGUGGUUUUUUAAUUCAAAAAAACCUAAAUGUACAAAUAUUUUAAGUAAAAAUUCUGAUAAGGUUAACUAAUUUGAAAUCGCUAAAUUUUUUUUAGGGAUAAACCAUGUUGAUGAUUUAAGGAUUGAUAAUUUAUCUACUUUAGCGGAAUAUAUAAGAAAUACUAAGUAGAAUACUUCAUUAGUAUUUGUUAGAUAUAUUGAUAAAAAAUAAAGUACAUUAAAUGGAUUUUAGCUUAUUUAACUUUUCAAGGAAGGGAAAUAAUCUAGUAGUAUAUCUAUGAUUUAAUCAUAUGUAUAUAAUAUAUCAAAAGCAGAUGAUAUAUAUUAUGUUGAAUAUAGACAUGAUGAAAAUACUAUGCCAUUAGGAUUUAAAUUUUAUAAAAAGACGUUUUCAAAUAAAAAAGGAUAUGUUAGUUAAAAUGAUUAGGUAUUUAUUGAUGAAAAUAAAGAAUUGACUAUAAAAAUAACUGAGUUUAUUGAAAAAGCUUAUAAAUUAAAAAUUAGAAAAUUUUCACCAAAAUUUAUGUUAGAUAAAAGCAAUAGUAUAAUAUUUAUGGGAAUAAAACAUUUAUAUAUAGAUUUAUAUAAUUAUGCUCCAUAUGAUAUAGAAAAUAUAUAUGAAAUAAAAGAAUUAACAUUUAAUGAAUUUUAUAAAUUAUCAAAAAUGGCAAAAAAAAAUUAAUAUAAAAUAUGUGGAACUGAAAUGAAGCUUCCAAGGAAUAUUCAUUAAGAUUAUAAGACUUAUUCUUCAACCCUUUAUAGUAAACUUCGAGUUGAAAAAUGUGGAGGUGAUUUUUGCGAUUAUGAAAUGUUGGAGAAAAAUACAGGACCUUUGGCUAUGAGAAAGAAUAUUUUAGAAGAGUACAAAAAACAUUUUAGUGUUAAAAAGGAGUAAUUGGAAAAUCUAGCAGUUUGCCUUCCGCAUGAAAUAUCGAAUUAAUUAGUUUUAAAAACGAGAAAAAAUGCCUAAACUGUAAUUAAUUUGUUAAGAAAAAAUAAAAUUUUUAGAAAAGGUAAUAGAGAAAAUGAACAUUAAAUUAACGAAGAAAAUUUAAAUUAGGAAUUAUUAAUUAAAUUAUAUCCAUUUUUAAAUAAAUCAUCAGAAGCUUUAAAUUUAGAAAAUUUAUAUAAGAAUGUAAAAAUUUGCAAAUCAUGCUUUAUAAUAUAUUCUUUGGCUGCUAAAACUUUUGAAGAAUAAAAUUCUUUUUAAUUAAAGUUUUCCAAAAAUUAUUCUUCAUAAUAAAAACUUAAUGAUUGUUCUUAAUCUAUAUAAAGUUCGUAGCUUGAAAAUACUUAAUUAAUGCCCUAAAGUUAGUACUAAAACAGUUUUUAAUUUUAAUCAAAAUUUUGCAAAAUGACUAGACCAUAAACUUCAAUAAUAAAAAAAAAUAUUUAAAAUUUAGAAUAAGAUGUGAUUAUUGAUUCUAGUAUUAUUACAGCAGAGUCAAAAACUAAUUAUAAAAGUAAUAGAAUACUUUCAAAUACAAAAAAAUAUAUAGAAGUAAAUAGAUUAACAUUAGGAUUUUUAAAUUAUGAUAAACUUAAAUAUUUAUAUAAUGAACCUUUAAAUUAAAAUCUUUAAUAAAAUUCAAAUUUUUAAAUGAAAUAAUUAAGAAAAAAUUCAGUAUUUAAAUAUUAAUUUAUAUAAUAAAUAAAAAUAAAAAAAUAGAUUAAUUAAUUAUUAGAAAAGCCUGGUAGGUAAUAUAAAAGAAAAGAUGUCAAUGCUGAUUAAUAUUUACUUGCUAAAAUAACUGAAGAAAAAAAAAAUUUAUAAAAAAAAAUCAAUAGUGAUAGUUAGAUGAGAAAAAUACUUAAAUUAUAACUCACUACUGAUUUAAAUAACAAUAAAAAUCCAGUUCUUAUAUAAAAUUAAAGUCUUUAUUAUAGCCAUACGAAUUUUUAACAUUUAAGAAAACUUCCUAAAUUCAAAUUGUCAUCUCCUAUAUAACCUUUUUUUGAUGAAUUGGAUGUUUAACAUACAGAAAGUCUUAAUAUAUAAAAAGUUUGUGAAUUAAUGAAUUAUUAAUCUCCUAUUAUUGAUUGCAGUGAUGUUUAAUAUUUUGUAAUUGAUAAUAAUACUGCUAUUCCUUAUUGUUUGUUAGAAGAAAAAGAAAAAAAUAAAGAUAAAAAUAAUGAAAUUAUUAUAUUUUAAUAAGAUUUUUUUGAUAGUUUUUUUGAAUAUAAGAAAAUAUUUGAAUUUAUAUUAAACAAAAGUUAAAAUAAGAAAAUUUUAUUAUUUAAUAUACCAGGAUAAGCUUAUACAGUAUUUAAUUAAGAAUAUAUUUAUACGAAUUCUAGUUUAAUAGAAAUUAUUGAUAGCCUAUUAUUUAAAUUAGAUAAUGAAAACAAAAUAAGCAUUAAAAAAGAUUCUUUAAAAUUCAUUGGAGUUGGAUAUGGAGGAUAUAUUUUAUAAACUUUUUUAAUAUAAGCAUGUGGAAAUCUAAAUAAUAUUUAAAAUUUAUGUUUAUUUAAUUCUUUUAUAGAAUUAGAUGAUUUACUUAAAGAUACUUUAAACAAAUCUUAAGAAAUAUUCGAAAAUUGUCCUCCAGGAAUGAAUGAUUUAUCUUAUAAUUAUUUUUCUGUAAUAGUAAAUUCAUAGCCACUUACUGAAUAAUAGCUUAAAUUUAAAAUGCAAAUAAAUCCAAUUCUUAAUGAAGGUAGAGUUUCUAUUAUUUAAGGAUGCUUAGGUUCUUAAUUUAUGAAAGAUAGAUUUCAAAACAUACCUAUAUCUUGUUUUAUUGUCCACACUUUAAAAAAUUGUGUUGUUAAUAUUAACUAAAGUGAUGCUUUAUCUUUGUAUUAUAAAGACCGGAAUAAUGAAUUUUAAAGUUUAAGUAAAAAAUCUGAUAAAAAUAUUAAAAGAGUUACUAAAUAUAUUAAUGGUGGACAUUCUCUAUUAGAAGAAAAUUUAUAAGUAUUAUGUACAUCAGGAGCAGGAGUAUCACACUCCAUAUGGAAUUCAAUUUAAAAUUAAAAAGAUGAAAUAUAAUAAGAUUAAAAUCAAAAUUAAUUUUCGUAAGCAGAUGAAAAAGCCAAAAGUAUAUUUAAUCUUGCUAUCUCUUAAUAGGUUACAGUGAAACCAGGAGCAUGCAAAAAAUGUGGACAUAGAAGAAAAAGAAUAAGAAAAUUUUUAAGAAUUACAAAAAAGCAUUUUGGAAAAAUUGAGAGAUGCUAAAAAAAAUGA